ACAGGAACCUAUUAUUGAGAGAGAGUAGACAGAGAAGAGUGUGCGUGCGUGCGUGUGUUUUUUUUUUCAUCUCCAAACCCAAAGAACCGAUUACUCGGCCAUUUUAAUCCCCAAAAAAUUCCCAUUUUACUCCUUUUAGAGAGAGAAAGGACUGAGGUUUCAGGAGAGAGAAAGAGAAAAAAAUUGGGUUUUUUUGGGCGUUCUAAUGGUUGAACUGGAAAUCCAGAGAAGGGGAUGAUAGGAGAUUAAAAAAUUUGCAUCUUUGUUUAGUGGGUGUUUCUAUGAUCUUGUGAGAACCGAGAAGGAAACCUUCGAUGCGCUCUGUUGGAUAGAGAUUGUUGGAUUUUCUGAGAACCGUUGAUUGAGAAAUGAACGGCGGUGAUGAGGUCGUGGCAGCUCCGGCGGGUCCACCGCAGCCGCUGGAGUGGAAAUUCUCUCAGGUUUUCGGGGAACGUACGGCGGGGGAGGAAGUUCAGGAAGUGGACAUUAUUUCUGCUAUUGAGUUUGACAAGUCUGGUGAUCAUCUUGCUACCGGUGACCGUGGUGGUCGAGUAGUUCUCUUUGAGAGAACAGAUACAAAAGAUCAUCGUGGAUCAAGAAGGGAUUUGGAGAGGAUGGACUAUUCUAUUAGUAGACAUCCUGAGUUCCGUUAUAAAACAGAGUUUCAGAGUCAUGAACCUGAGUUUGACUAUCUUAAGAGCUUGGAAAUAGAAGAGAAAAUUAACAAAAUCAAAUGGUGUCAAACCGCCAACGGUGCCUUAUUCCUUCUAUCUACAAAUGAUAAAACCAUCAAAUAUUGGAAGGUUCAAGAAAAGAAGGUCAAGAAAAUUUCUGACAUGAACGUUGAUCCUAAAGCAAUGGGAAAUGGCUCUAUUGCGAGUUCAAGUAGUUCCAGUAGCUCUAAAUCAUUUCUUGCAAAUGGAGUAUCUCCAGAUGGACCAUACAAUUAUUUAAGCAACGAUUUCUCAUUUCCGCCAGGAGGAAUACCUUCACUAAGAUUACCACUGGUAGUAACCAGCCAUGAGACGAGUUUGAUGGCUCGAUGCCGAAGAGUAUAUGCCCACGCACAUGAUUAUCAUAUUAAUUCUAUUUCAAAUAACAGCGAUGGCGAAACUUUCAUAUCAGCUGAUGAUUUACGAAUAAAUCUUUGGAACUUGGAAAUUAGCAAUCAAAGUUUUAAUAUUGUUGAUGUAAAGCCUGCAAAUAUGGAGGAUCUGACUGAGGUUAUAACAUCAGCAGAAUUUCACCCUACACAUUGUAAUACAUUGGCAUAUAGCAGUUCAAAGGGUUCUAUUCGUCUUGUUGACUUGCGGCAGUCAGCAUUAUGUGAUUCUCAUGCCAAACUAUUUGAGGAACAGGAGGCCCCUGGAUCCCGAUCAUUUUUCACAGAGAUUAUUGCUUCUAUCUCGGACAUAAAAUUUGGAAAGGAUGGAAGAUAUAUACUUAGUCGUGAUUACAUGACCCUAAAGUUAUGGGACAUCAAUAUGGAUUCUGGCCCAGUUGCUACAUUCCAGGUUCAUGAGUAUUUAAGGCCAAAGCUCUGUGAUUUAUAUGAAAAUGAUUCAAUUUUUGAUAAGUUUGAGUGUUGUCUAAGUGGUGAUGGAUUGCGAGUUUCAACUGGCUCUUACAGCAAUCUAUUCCGUGUGUUUGGUUGUGUUCCUGGAAGUACCGAGGCUACAACUUUGGAAGCCAGUAAAAAUCCAAUGAGACGUCAAGUUCCAACCCCAUCAAGGCCUUCUAGAUCACUGGGAAACAGUAUAACAAGAGUUGUAAGACGUGGAGCCGAAAGCACUGGAGUUGAUGCAAAUGGGAAUUCUUUUGAUUUCACAACAAAGUUGCUGCACUUAGCAUGGCACCCAACUGAGAAUUCAAUUGCUUGUGCUGCUGCAAAUAGCUUAUACAUGUACUAUGCCUGAGGAAGAAAGAUGAUUGGAGGACAUGUAUCUGCUUUGGUUGACCUGUUUUUGGGUUGCUUGGAGAAGGCUUCUUUACCCUUCUUACCAACCAUUGAGUUGGAGGCUACAUUAACUCACACUACAAGUGCCCUUCAAAAUCUUUAGCAGGAGCUUUUAGAAAAAGAUCCAGAAGUGGCUGUUUCAAAAUUCCUGGGUAGGCAGACCUUAUUUUGUUUCUGGAUGGGCAGCAUAAUCUUUUUUUUUUUUUUUCAAUUUUCCUCCUUCCAACCCUAAUAUUCUUUCCCCCUUUUUUUCUGUAUCUUCUUAUAAAAAGAGAAGGUGCAGUCAAUGCUUCAUAUUGUGUUUGGCUUGCAAAUGAAGAAGAAAAUGUGAUUGUAGCUCUCCUACAACAAAUACUAAAGGAUGUUCAAUAUCUGCCACUAGGAUAAAAGAUAAAAUGUAGUUCUUUUCUUUUUA